AUGGGUGACUGGGAAUUCCUGCAGAAACUGCUGGACCAAGUCCAGGAGCAUUCGACAGUGAUCGGGAAGAUCUGGCUCACCGUGCUCUUCAUCUUCCGCAUCCUCAUCCUCGGCCUGGCCGGGGAGUCCGUGUGGGGGGACGAGCAGUCGGAUUUCGUGUGUAACACCAAGCAGCCGGGCUGCACCAACGUCUGCUAUGACAAAGCCUUCCCCAUCUCCCACAUCCGCUACUGGGUGCUCCAGUUCCUCUUCGUCAGCACGCCGACCCUGAUUUACCUGGGCCACGUUGUCUAUCUGUCCCGCAAGGAGGAGAAGCUGAAGAGGCAGGAGAGCGAGCUUCGGGCUGUGCACAGCAAGGACCCCAAGAUCGAGCAGGCCCUGGCAGCCCUGGAGAAGAAGAUGUCCAAGAUCUACAUGACAGAGAGCGGGCGGCUCAAGAUCCGAGGGGCUCUGAUGUGGACCUACAUCACCAGUGUCAUCUGCAAGAGCAUCUUUGAGGCCGGUUUCCUCGUGGGCCAGUGGUACCUGUAUGGCUUCUCCAUGGUGCCCCGCUAUGUGUGCAAGAGGGACCCCUGCCCCCAUCAGGUGGACUGCUUCAUCUCCCGCCCCACCGAGAAGAGCAUCUUCAUCAUCUUCAUGCUGGUGAUGGGCCUGAUCUCCUUAAUCCUGAACCUCCUGGAGCUCUUCCACCUCUGCUGCAAGAGCCUGCUUAGCAACAUCAAGAAAGUGUCAGGGCCAGCUGUACCGAGCCAGGACACCUUUGUGGACGACAUGGUCACCAGUCCCUACUCUCCCAAGCACUAUCCCUUCCUGCCCAUGGCUGAGAGCCACGCACCCUCCUACCAGACCUACAACAAGCUCUCCAGCGAGCAGAACUGGGCCAACUACCGCAACGAGGAGAACCUGGCCCUGGGCGGCGGCAGCAGACCCCUGUCGGACCCCUACGCCCCCGGGGCUACUGAAGCCUCCGCCCCGGAGGAGAAGCCGGGCAGCCGGCCCGGCAGCUCAGCCUCCAAAAAGCAAUACGUGUAG